CCAGAAUUUGAACUCUGAUUGAUUCUCCUGGAAAUGUAUCUGUUUUCACCUCAGUGAAAGCUCAUGUGAUGCAUAGGUGGAGAUGUGGGAUAAAAUCCCAUUUGCUCAGUAACUUUGGAUCAGCCACUGUCUUUCAGGGUAAUCCAACGUCACAGGGUUGUUUUUAAUGUAAGUAAGUGGGAAUGAGUUUUGUUUGGAGGAGGAUUGGGAUAACAAUAUAACUAAUUACAGAUGGACAGGUAUACCCCAGUUAACUAUGUUCCUGAAUAUUACUACUUUAACAACAUUUGCUACCAGAGGCGGAAAUAACAUGAACAAAUAGGGGUAGGGCUAUGCACCACACGAAAGAAUAGUUCAUGUUUCAGCAAACUUUAUAUUUAAAACUAAUAAUAUGCAUAUAUGAAACGAAGCGAUUGGGUCAAGUUAGCCUUGCAUAAGUAAACAAAAUUAAAAUUGAAUCUUAUAGACAGCACAUGAAAGCAUCUUCCAAAAUAUAUCCAGGGAUAGAAUUUUCUUUCAGCGGUCUCUGAUUUCCUUAUGAUUUCCAGUUUUGGUGGCCAAACUUACAGAGCUAGAGUUUUGUUUUUGUUUUUUAAUAUGCUGGGGUGAAGCCGACCUAUCUGCUCUUCUCUUUUUUCUGUUUUGCUGUUCAUAUAUGCUUACCAAAGGCUUCUUGAAGCAGCUGCUGUCUACCUUGCCUGUUGGAGGCAGACACAUACAAAUACAAGAGGAUUGGCAAGAGCAGAAUUCCAUUCUUUCCCAGCUCAAGGUUCUUGCACUAUUCACUAUACAGUAGAUGCACUGCUGCAACCCAACACCCAAAGUCUGUGUUUCUCUACCGUUUUUCCUCCCAACACCAGUACUGCUAAAAAAAGUUAGCUAGGCAGAGGAAAAGAAGGAAAAGAGGACACUGGGUAAUUAUGAAAAGUCUUUGUAAUAAUGGAACUUCUUUCCCAGAAGCUUUGUAAACUGAGGUAUGACUAUACUUCACAUUGUUUGAAUGUAUGGAAAGGGCAUGCACAUGCAUUUCCAUUCUUUAUUUUCAGUCAUUGUAGGAGACUUGUCGAGUUAGUGUAUAUGUGUGAAUACAUGUUUUAGGUUCAAAAAUAAAAUUUCCUCCACUGCAACCAGUGAUGGGAAUAGCAGGAGGAAAGGCCACACCAGCUUUGUUUUAAAAAAAAAUGUGUUGGGAAUCCUUUUUAAAAAUACUGUAAAAUGGCUGUCUUUUCCUGCCUGUUCUAUUCAACAGCUAUAAUCUUACUGAGAUAUUCGAACUAGUGUUUGUAUGUGAUACUUUUGCUAAUAAAUAUAUCCUGUAACUACCUUGAUCACCUAGCAAAAAGGCUUCCCUCUGAAAACAUACAUUUAACUGACAGUGUAAAGCAACCUUUCCCAAUAUAGUUUCUUGCAGUGUUUUGGGAGUAUAGUAUUCAUCAGUCCCAGUUAUAACAUGGCCAGUGGUUUGAAGUAAUGGGAAUGUUUUGAUCGUUUACCUGUCUCACAAAAUGGACUUUGGAAAAUUACUUUUUUAAAAUUAGGAUUCCCAGAAUCCUCUAAUCAGCAUGAGCAGUGGCUAGAAUGGCUAGGGGAUUCAGGAAGGAGCAUCCCAAAGUUUUCCAAGCUCUGGUAAAUAUAAAUAUGCAGAAGUAUUUGUACUCUACAAUCCUUUUAAUAAUGUCCAGAAAACAAGUUCAUUUGCAUUCUCCUGGCCAGAAUUAAUAUAUAAGCCUAAAUCGAACUGUUGAUUUCAACAAAAGAGUGGACACAGAAAGUUGUCAUAGGUUCAGUGUGUCUGCUGUAGUUGAAAGGACUGAGUUCCUUCCCCUGCCAUGACUGUAGCACAAGUGAGCAAUGUUUUAAGGUGCAAUUUCCAUCAUUCCUCACCACUGGCUGUGGUAGCUAGUGCUUACAAUCCGACAACAUCAGGAGGGAUAUACAUUCCUCAAUCUUGAUGGGACAUAUUGAAUUUUCUGAAAGUGAGGUGUAAUCUAAAUGAGCAAAGCACUGGUAGUGAUGGUGCAUAUAUAAUCUGUGAAUGUAUGUGCCAUUCUCAUAUAAAUGGCAUACUAGAAAAUCUUGGAUUAAUACAAGGUUCAUUUGGGCAACUGUUCAGACUUAAUGCUUUAUUGAUAACCUGUGAUUAUGUUUACCAUACUGUUAACAGUUUCUGCACUGGUCAUUUUGAAGGUUCAGUCAGAGAUUACAUGCAGACUACCCCUGCCUGAUCCCGCACCCUGCCAUUUUUGUAUAUCAGUGUCCCUGGUGUGCUGUUUAGGAUUAAUUAGGUUUUGCUUCACUUCCAAAGUUCCACUGCACGAUUGACCAUGAAUGCUAGUGGCCCAGGAUAUCCAUUAGCUUCUCUCUAUGUGGGUGACUUACAUCCGGAUGUGACUGAAGCCAUGUUGUAUGAGAAAUUCUCACCUGCUGGACCAAUCAUGUCCAUCAGAGUUUGUCGAGAUGUUUCCACACGCCGAUCUCUAGGUUAUGCAUAUAUAAAUUUUCAGCAGCCUGCUGAUGCUGAGCGGGCCUUGGAUACUAUGAAUUUUGAAGUCAUAAAAGGUCGGCCCAUUCGCAUCAUGUGGUCCCAGCGAGAUCCAGGACUCAGGAAAUCAGGAGUUGGCAACAUCUUCAUCAAGAAUCUGGAUGAUUCCAUUGAUAACAAAGCCUUGUAUGAUACUUUCUCCGCCUUUGGGAAUAUUCUUUCUUGCAAGGUUGUUUGUGAUGAGAAUGGAUCCCGGGGUUAUGGCUUUGUUCAUUUUGAGACCCAUGAGGCAGCAAACAGAGCGAUUGACACAAUGAAUGGAAUGUUGCUCAAUGACCGCAAGGUUUUUGUUGGUCAUUUUAAAUCUCGGCGAGAGCGUGAAGCAGAAUAUGGAGCAAAAGCAAUGGAAUUCACUAAUGUUUACAUCAAGAACUUUGGGGAUGACAUGUGUGAUGAAAGACUGCAGGAAAUAUUCUCAAAAUUUGGGAAGACCUUGAGUGUCAAAGUCAUGAUGGAUAACACAGGUCGUUCAAAAGGGUUUGGGUUUGUCAACUUUGAAAAACAUCAAGAUGCUCAGAAGGCUGUUGAAGACAUGAAUGGGAAGGAGGUCAAUGGACGAAUGUUGUAUGUUGGCCGAGCUCAGAAGAGGAUAGAACGUCAGAGUGAGCUGAAACGUAAAUUUGAGCAAAUCAAGCAGGAGAGAGUGAGCAGAUACCAGGGGGUGAACUUAUAUGUGAAGAACUUGGAUGAUGGGAUUGAUGAUGAGCGACUGAGGAAGGAAUUCUCUCCCUAUGGAACCAUCACCAGCGCCAAGGUGAUGACAGAGGGUGGACACAGCAAAGGGUUUGGAUUUGUAUGUUUUUCCUCCCCAGAAGAGGCUACAAAGGCUGUGACUGAAAUGAAUGGGAGGAUUGUCAGCACCAAGCCUUUGUAUGUUGCAUUAGCUCAAAGGAAAGAGGAAAGAAAAGCCAUUCUCACCAACCAAUACAUGCAGAGACUGGCUACCUUGAGGGCCUUGCCUGGUCCACUCCUCUGCUCCUUCCAGCCUCCUCCAGGCUACUUCCUGCCCUCCAUUCCACAGCCACAACCCAGAACGACUUUCUAUAAUCCAAGCCCUGUUGCCCCAGUCCGCCCUGCUCCUCGUUGGAAUGUUCAGCCUUCCAGGUCUCCUUCAACCUAUCACACAGCCACACCGAUCUUGAGGACAAGUGCACCUCCUAGGCGCUUGCUGAACAACAUCAGCACUAUGAGACAAGCAUCCACUCAAGUUCCCAGAGUGCCACCCAAUGCCCAAAGAGUGGCCAACAUAGGAACCCAAACUGUCAGUGUUCGGGCACCCACCUCACCAACUUUCUCACGUGGAAUCUCACAAUACAAGUACUCUUCAGCAGUGAGGAACAUCCAGCCCUUGAGUGCGGUGGCACCCAUGUCAAUGCAACAGAUUGUAGAACCAGCUGUUCAUAUUCAUGGGCAGGAGCCACUGACAGCAUCCAUGUUGGCUGCAGCACCUCCUCAGGAACAGAAACAAAUGCUUGGUGAACGUCUCUACCCCUUAAUUCAUGCAAUGCACCCAUCCUUGGCUGGAAAGAUUACAGGCAUGCUGUUGGAGAUAGAUAACUCUGAGCUGUUGCUUAUGCUGGAGUCACCAGAAUCCCUCCAUUCUAAGAUUGAGGAAGCAGUUGCUGUACUGCAAGUUCAUCAGCUGUCUGAAGCAUCACACAAGAGUGGCUCAUCAGCAUUCCUCCAGUGAUGAAGGUGGAUACAGAAAAACUAGGAAAAAGAAGGUGGACAACUUUGCUGAAGAAAGCAGCACCAAGCACAAAAUGUUUCCUUUCUUUGCUGUUAAAAUAAUCUGCAUAAUGUAUAUAGGCGGGUUCACACAGAAAUCUAGCUCUAUAUGAAUCACUUUUAUUUGUGCACUUAAAAAGCCAUUUCAAGUCCCCCCCCCACUGUCAUUAUACUUACGUUUAAAUUAUGUAUUUAUUCACAUGUGCUUAUCUGGUAACCCUAAUACGUGGGGGACAUAUUUUGGUAAUGUAACAGAUAAUGAAGUGGAACGAAAUGUUUCUUUUGUUCUGUUGAUUGUAAAGUUAAGUUGCAAUACUGGUCAUUUUUAGUAGCUUUAAUCUUAAAACACUAUUGGGGCUUAUAUGAGUAUUUUAUUUGUUCUUAUUGUUGACAUGAUAAAGAGCU